GGAAGAGGAAAAGGGAAGUCGCUGUACGGAAGAAAAAUGACGAAUAUAUUUGUAUAUGGAACACUGAAGAGGGGGCAGCCAAACCACACAAUAAUGACAUGCUACAAACACGGAAAAGCAGUUUUUAAAGGAAUGGGCAAAACAGUAGAGAAAUAUCCACUGGUGAUUGCGGAGGAGGCCAACAUCCCAUUCUUACUGAACAUUCCAGGAACAGGGAGACGUAUUAUAGGAGAGAUCUACUCUGUCGAUGAGCAGCUGCUGCACUUCCUCGAUGACUUUGAAGGCUGCCCAAACUGGUACCAACGGACUCCUCAGGAGAUUGAAAUAUUGGAGUGGGAAGGUACAGACGAUUCCCCGGAUGAGAGACCCGCUGCUAACAGCAUCAUCACCUGCUUCGUCUACAGCACAACCUGCUACCAGCCAGAGUGGCUUCAGUUGCCCUAUCAUAAAUGCUACGAUGCCUUUGGGAACCAUGGUCUACGUUAUAUCAGGCACCGGGAUAUAAUCUAAUGUUAAACACAUCAGUGCUAGAUAGAAAAUAAUUAAUUAUAUUAAAGGGGUAGGUCACCAUUACAUUUUUAGUAUGAUGUGAUAUUCUAAAAUAAUUUGCAAGUGGUCAUUUUUUUGUGGUAUUUUAAUUAUUUCAGCAGCUUUCCAGUCUGGAAUUCAGCAGCUAUCUGGUUGCUAGGGUACAAUUCACCCUAGAAACAAAGCAGUGGUUUGAAUGAAAAAAGCCAGAAUAAGAGAGGGACUGAAGAGAAAGAUGAAUAAGAAGUAAAAAUAACAAUAAAAUUGUAGCCUGUCAGUGACGACCUAUUAAAAGUUGGAAAGAGGCAGAAAGAGAUAAUUUAAAACCAUAAAAAAUGAAAACCAAUUGAAAAGUUCAUUGGACAUUUUUUAACAUAGAAAUAGUUAACUUAAUGGUGAUCUAUCCCUUUAAUAUCUUAUUACAUGUAUGGAAGACAGAUUCUGGUUUUAGACAUAAUUCUUUAGGUUCCUUAAUUAAUGGUAAUAAACUCAUCCUCAGCAUCACUAGCAGAUCAGAAUGAUAAACAUUUUCAUGUAAAGUAGGAACUCUCAAAGCCGUAACUAUUUGUCUCAAAUAAGAGAGUCUUUUAAUCACUGUGCAGUAAAAUAAGGCCGGUUCCAGUCCGAUUGUUGCAUUUGAAUCCAAUGAAAUAAUGACUUGACAGGCACUCAGAUCUGUUAUCUCUAUGAAUUGACAUCAGUCCUAUUGAAAACAUUAAAAUCAUGCCAAUCCUUCUUAU